CAUCGAACUAAAUAAUUCAGGCCAGAUACCAGGCAAUCCUGAUUUGUAGCUCUCACUCUGUACACGAAAUCGACUCAACACAGACACAUGUCGUUGAUCCAGCUGCUAUGGCUGAUGCUACUUCCAAUAUAUGUCAUGGGAAACGUGACCGAGUCCCAGGAAAAGCCGGGCUACAGCCACCUGAGUGCAUUCCUGGUAUCCUUGCGCACUGCGCGGUACGUCCACCAAAAGGGGGAUAACCACUUCUGCACCGGUGUCCUCCUUACAAACCGCCAUAUCCUGACCGCGGCCCACUGCGUUACCGAUAAGAACGGAAUCCAGAUGAAGCCGAACCGAAUGAGGGCCGCCAUGGGAUCGCAGUUCUUCGGAAGCCCAGAGCCCGUGGAGAUUAUUUCGGGAAUCGAUGAAAUAGACGUCUAUCCGCUCUACAAAAGGAACAAAAGGGAUGACAUAGCAGUCCUACAUUUGAGGAAAACCCUCAAGUUCGAUGAUCAGCAUUUAGCCAAAAUUACCCUGGGGAACUCUGAUCUGGAGGUAGGCAGGUAUUGCAAGACUGUCGGCGGAAACUUUGGCAUCAGGAGACCCAGAUUCAACACGACUUAUACUGUGCGUUACGCGGAUGUCCAGCUCCGACCUCUCACGGACUGCAAGAACUCCACCGAGGACCACGAGGAGAUCGAUCCCGAAGACGAGGACCUCAUGUGCAUCAGCUGCCGGUCAAAGACCUACUGCCCCACCGACUUCGGGGGUCCUUUGUUCUGCGACGGCAACCCCUACGGCAUCGCCCUGGGCGCCGUUAACUGCACCCAGAAGAAGCCCAUGUUCUUCAGCUACGUGCCUCUCUAUAAGAGCUGGCUGGACGAGGUGUCCCGGGGGGCGAAGCUGCUGCAGCGCCAAUGGCCGCUGUCCCUCGCAUUCUUUAGCUGGAUUUUGGCCAACUUUCACUUUGGUUUGGGGCCAGGGCGUAUCUAAAUCUCGCAUUUAGGAAAACUCACGAAAAGCAACCACCCCUUGCAAUUAAUCGAAAAUUGGGGGGAUAGCCCUAGGAAACUUUCGCCUGCAAUCCACCUGUGAAGUGCCACGUGUGCCAAAUGCCACGCUCACUUUUCCCAGCGACUUUCCUUUCGGCUCGAAACACUGUGAUUUUGGCAGUUUCCUAACACUUUUGCACUGCUGCAUAAAUCAGAAAAAACUGCCGAAAAAAGCUUAAUAAAUUUGUACAUAAAACAUGA